UGAAAGCGGAUUCGCUGGCCGUCUGCAACUCCACUGAUCUGGCAGUCAGUACUCAGUAGCUCGUCGGCAGGAUCAGAGCUUUUGCUGCCUAUAACGAGUUGGUGAAAUGUUUGAGUUUUCAAUGCAAUGGGCAGUGGGACGAGCUAUCAAUGGAACAAUCUGCUGCCAAGGAGUGUUGGUGCUACACUACUGUACUAUGUAACUGAAAAGCUUCACCUCGGUCAGAGAAGAAUGGCCCCACAGGCUCACCUUAGAGGUCCCUCUUGCCCCACCACGUGAUCACACAGAAAUUCCAAAACUUAUCGCGGCACAAAUUUACCGGUACCCUUCCCACGAUCUCGGACUUCAACCAAUUCUAGGACAACGAGUGCCGGUCUGCACCAAGUUGCCCAACAUGUCUCUGGUAUCCGGAGAGAAGAGCAACUUCAACCACAUUCUGCGUCUGCUCAACACCAACGUUGACGGCAAGCAGAAGGUUGUCUAUUCCUUGACUAAGAUCAAGGGCGUUGGUCGGCGCUACUCCAACCUCGUGUGCAAGAAGGCCGAUGUCGACCUGAAGAAGCGCGCCGGUGAGCUCACCUCUGAGGAACUUGAGCGUCUUGUCACCAUCAUCCAGAACCCCACCGCCUACAAGAUUCCCACGUGGUUCCUCAACCGUCAACGCGAUAUCGUCGAUGGCAAGGACUCGCAGAUCCUUGCCAACGGUGUCGACUCUAAGCUCCGUGAGGAUCUUGAGCGCCUGAAGAAGAUCAGGGCGCAUCGCGGUCUCCGUCACUACUGGGGUCUCCGUGUCCGUGGCCAGCACACCAAGACGACUGGCCGUCGCGGCCGGACCGUUGGUGUGUCCAAGAAGAAGGGUGGUUAAGCAUUUUCUCAGGCGUGCGGGGUUCUUUGGCAUUGCUGUACUUGGCUUUUUGGCGGUGUUAUCCCAAGGCUAAGGGGUGGUCGUGGACGGCUCGGGUUGAUUUUUUUACCUUGCGAAGAUCUCUGCAAUCCGUUAGGGAACUCGCUGGACAUAAAGGGAACCACCAUGAUUUACAGCAUGACAACACUGGCGCGGAUAUGAAAAAAGUAA